AAUUCUCUACCCAUGCCUCGUCAUGGCUUGCGACGACCCCAUGCAGACCGCCUCCCAUACUACCGGCUCACUUACUACCGCAGUUUGCAUGGAUGCUCGUAUGGGGCCCGUUCCGAUUUUAGGCCAGAUCUAUUUUCCUUUACUACGUCCGAUUUUCAGCAAACACAAAAAACGGCUGGCCAAUUAACAAUUAAAUUGGCAAAACUAACAAAAAGCGCGAUAACAAUUCGGUACAGCUAACAGCGCUGCCUGCGCGUUGCUGGUACAAGUGAUUCAGCUGCCGGCCAAUCGACUUACACCAUGCGUGUCCCCACGUGCAACUAUCCAAGUCACUAUAACAAUAGAUAGAUCAUAUCAGACAGUAGGCCUACACUGACGAGUCAUAACACGAUAUUGCAAGUUUCUCCCCGUGACUUGACCAAUUGGCGCGAGACACAACGCUUGACAACGAAUGCCCAGCACCAUCGGCGAAAACCACAGUGGCUGACGAGAGAGGAGCGAGAGCGAGAGAGAGAGAGGGCAAGGCCACAUUCCAGCGUCGGCAUGUGGAACUAGCGACGUAGGAGCCAGGGGCGUGUACUGCUGUCUGGCUUGUGCUAUUCGCCAGCUGUGCAUUCGCUCGUGACGUGGCACGGUUCAGCGCGCUCCUUUCCGGUAGUCGACCAGAGAGAGAGAGAGAGAGAACGAGCGAGCGAGAGAGAGAGCUACGUACGUACCCUCGGGCGGUGGCUGUUGUUUUGCUUACGUUCGUGCGCGGCGUACCAGUGUCGCUCGCUGAUCGGAAAGCCUGUGGCAACCUCACACCGCGUGCGCGGCGUGUCAGCACGGGAGCUCGAUUUUGCCACGCCGUCUUUGUCCGCCUACGAUCACGCCUGCGCUGCAAGGAACUGUACGCCGCAGCAAAGUUGUUGUACCCAGUCGAAGUAUUGACGUGGCGCCGUGCGCAUGGAAACUGCCUAGUUAGUUAGCAGGCGUGUGUGCGUGCGUGUGUGGUUGUGCGACGUGAUAACUGGAUUCUUCGCAGCAGCAGAAAGUAUGUCGUGUACUAUGUCGCUACACGGCAACGAGCGAUCACUACGUCUACGUGCUCAAGCUACAGCAGCGAACCUGCUCGCUUAAGACGGUACGCUGAGAAAGACAAGGGAGGAGAGAAAGAGAGCGAGAGACAGCGGGAGUGUGUGUGAGCGAUAAAGAGGAACACGCGGGUGUGCGCUCGAGAGAGGGCGCUGGCGAGAGACAGAGAUAUACAGAGAGAGAGAGAGAGGGAGACAGCGAGCAGGCGAGCUACUGUACCGUACAUAACGCGCGUACACGGCGGCGCGUUGCGUGAUGCAAUGAUGAGGACGCACAGGCAGCACUGCUACCUUUGCGACCUGCCGCGCACACCAUGGGCCAUGCUGCACGACUUCUCUGAGCCGGUGUGCCGCGGCUGCGUCAACUACGAGGGCGCUGACCGCAUAGAGCUCGUGUUGGAAGCGGCCCGCCAGAUGAAGCGCGCGCACGGAUUCCAGGACACGCGCGCCGUCAUGAAACCGCCGCCGAACGGGCCGCGGAUGGCCCACGAGAGCGGUGGCGAGGCGUCGACGCUGACCGUGCGCGGAGGGGUGCCGCCGCCGCCGCCCGGCCCGCACGGCGAGCGCUACCACCUGCCGGACACGCGCAUCAGGGGCAGCAUGAUGGAUUACCCGCUCACGAGAAUGGUCUGCGCGCCGACGAAGGACGAUGGCGAGCCGCCGCGCGGCAGUCCGCGGCCGGUCAUCCCUCUGCCGAUGCACAACGUCAACGGACUGCCUCCGUCCGUCAGACCGAGCUCCCUGCCCGCAGGCAGCGCGCCCGCGAAGCGUCCUGGCGGCGCGAGAGACGACGGUCAAGAUGGCGGCUCGGGCCAUCCGGCCGCCGAGAGUGUACAUAAACGACCAAUGCUAGAGCACGAGAGACCCGGAGCGAGGAUGACCCCGGGUAGGGAGCAUCCAGCUGCCGAUGGCCGCUACGGCAAGAAGGAGGUGGGCCGAGCUCAGGUGUUUCAAUUUGACCCAGUUGGUUACAUUGGACCAGGAGUUCACGUAAGAGCAGUCAACAGUCGGACGCCGCCGGAGUCCAGUGGAAUGCUGCAGCAGAACGGUCCGUCGCCGAUGGCGGCGCUCAUGUCGGUCACGGAGAAUCUGCCGCGGCAGGAGUCGCCGGGAAAAGAAGCAUCCCUGAACGGGCGGGUGGCGCACGUGCGACACAGUCCGCACUCUCCCGGAAACGCGAGGUCGCGUGUCAACGGUAGCGGCUCGAGCGAGGGCUGCAUUCCCGAAUCGAGUGCGAGCAGCAGCGGCAGCGGCAGCGGCGGCGGAACAACGACGCUUACGUGCACUCUGUGCCACGAGCGACUAGAAGACACACACUUUGUGCAGUGUCCCUCGAUUCCGCACCACAAGUUCUGCUUUCCGUGCUCGCGGGAGAGCAUCAAACGGCAGGGCGCCGGCAACGAGGUGUAUUGCCCGAGUGGCGAGAAGUGCCCCCUGGUAGGCUCAAACGUGCCGUGGGCUUUCAUGCAGGGUGAAAUCGCCACGAUCCUCGGAGAGGAGGUGAGAGUCAAGAAGGAGAAGGAGACAUAACUCUGGGCCUGGUCGGCCGCCUUUCGCUGUUGCUUUGUCGGCGUUGCCAAGCGGGACAGUUUGAUAGGUGAACGGUACAGCCGGAAUUCACUGGCGGGUCAUUCGGCAGAUUGUUAUUCCUGAAAACCGAAACGUUUUCGUCGACGAAACCCCGUUAGAUGUUUUCAUUCAUCUGUUGUUUAUGUACAUACGAUACUUAAUCUUUAUACGGCCGCGUGACUGUGAUGUCACCAUCCCCCACUGCCCCGUAGAGGUGCGAAUGAAGAGACGGUCAGGCUUACUUGUUCUCCACCUGUUUACAGUUUUGAGUUUAUUCUGGAUAUUUAUCUUUAGAUUACUGACGGACGAACUGUGUCAUAUCGGAGUCUCCCGACUUCAUUUCUGCACGCGAGCCUCCUUGUCAUUCUCUCUUUGCACCUCUUCUUCCUCCUUCCAUCCUCCUCUUCCUUUUCCUUUUUUUCCUCUACCUGCUCUUCCUCCUUCCCCUCCUCCAC